AUGGAUUCCUUUGGGACCCCUAAAUCAGAAGAUGACCAGUCAGUAGUCAGCAGAAUGCAAAAGAAAUACUGGAAAACCAAACAGGUCCUAAUCAAAGCAACAGGAAAAAAAGAAGAUGAGCAUGUGGUAGCAUCUGAUGCAGAGCUGGAUGCCAAACUAGAGGUUUUUCACUCCAUUCAAGACACAUGUACUGAACUUCUGAAGAUUAUUGAGAAAUAUCAGCAAAGACUCAAUGCUAUAUCUGAAGAAGAACAUGAGUUGGGGCUCUUUUUAAAGUUUCAAGCAGAACAGGAUAUAACUCAAGCUGGCAAAAUGAUGGAUGCCACUGGCAAGACACUCUGUUCUUCAGCCAACCAAAGAUUAGCCUUAUGUACUCCUCUGUCUCGUCUUGAGCAAGAAGUAGCAACUUUUAGUCAGAGGGCAGUAUCUGAUACCUUGAUGACGAUCAAUCGAAUGGAGCAGGCCCGCACAGAAUACAGAGGGGCUUUGCUGUGGAUGAAAGAUAUAUCUCAAGAACUAGACCCAGACACAUCCAAACAAAUGGAAAAAUUCAGAAAAGUGCAAAUCCAAGUGAGAAACACCAAAGCUUCUUUUGACAAGUUAAAGAUGGAUGUUUGUCAGAAGGUGGACUUACUUGGAGCCAGUCGCUGCAAUUUGUUAUCCCACUCACUCACUACCUACCAGAGAACAUUGCUUAGCUUCUGGGAGAAAACAGCUCGAAUGAUGUCCAGAAUCCAUGAAGAAUUUACCGGCUUCCAUCCCUAUGACUUUGUUGCGCUAAAGCGACUCAAAGAGUCUCCAAGCAAGCUCACUGAAGAACACAAAGAGGACAAAGUAGAAAAUAGUCUUCUUACUACUAAUCUUGACAAGCUGAUUUUGUUGGAUGAGGAAACAAGUGAAAAAGGAAGUGAAACAGCAACAGAAAAUCACAAAGAAAACCAUUUUCAAAUGAGCGAGUUUGAAGCACCUCAGUUUUCUGGACCUGAAAAUGUUGCAAAAGAUCUUCUUGUAGAUUCCCUGGAAGGAGAGGAUUUUGAGAAGGAAUUCUCAUUUUUGAACAACCUACUGAGUCCCAGCUCCUCAAGUCCUGGAGAAUUUAACCAAGAAUGCCGAAAUGUUUGUGGGAGCCCCAGUACUGCUCUCCCUGCCCGGAACUCUGCUUCAGGAGCAGAGUCUCUUGCUAAGUCAUCGGGAUUCCUCCCUUCACAACUCUUUGACCUGGGUCGCCAUGCUGCUGGAAAUUUCAGUAGCUGGACCUCUCAGGGGGAAUCAGUAUUUUCUCUUUCACACACAGAUUCUGAUAACCAGCCUGUGCCUUCACAGAGUCAACCAAAGAAAUCACCAAUAUCUCCAGAAGGUGGAAAUAAUCAAGAUAUGUCAGCCUGGUUUAACCUCUUUGCAGACCUAGAUCCCCUUUCAAAUCCAGAUGCCAUUGGACACUCAGAUGACGAACUCCUUAAUGCUUGACUAGAAUUAUUAAG